AUGCUUGCCUCCAGAACUUCCUUCCUUAGAACUGCCGCUCAGACCCUUCGUGCUCAGACCCUCCGUGCUCAGAGAACUUAUGCUACCUCUGUCGCCUCCUUCCACGGUAAGAAGAAUGCCAAUGGCAACUACACUGUCACUUUGAUUGAAGGUGAUGGUAUCGGUAUCGAAAUCUCCGCCGCUGUCAAAGAAAUCUACGCUGCCGCAAAGGUCCCCAUUGAGUGGGAACCUGUCGAUGUUACCCCUAUUCUUGUCGACGGUAAGACCACCAUCCCUAAGGACGCUGUCGACUCUGUCAAGAAGAACCUCGUUGCCCUCAAGGGCCCUCUCGCCACUCCCAUUGGUAAGGGUCACGUCUCCCUCAACCUUACCCUCAGAAGAACUUUCAACCUCUUUGCCAACGUCAGACCUUGCAAGUCCGUUGUCGGCUACAAGACCCCCUACGAGAAUGUUGACACCGUUCUGAUUCGUGAGAACACCGAGGGUGAGUACUCUGGUAUCGAGCACGUCGUUGUCCCCGGUGUCGUCCAGUCCAUCAAGCUCAUUACCAAGCCCGCCUCUGAGCGUGUCCUUAGAUAUGCCUUUGAGUACGCCAAGUCCAUUGGCAAGACCAAAGUUCUCGUCGUCCACAAGGCUUCUAUCAUGAAGGUCUCUGAUGGUCUCUUCCUUUCCACCGCCAAUGAGCUCGCUGCUGAAUACCCCGAUAUCGAGCUUUCUACCGAGCUUAUUGACUCCACCUGUCUCCGUCUCGUUACUGACCCCGCCCCUUACAAGGAGUACGUCAUGGUCAUGCCCAACCUUUACGGUGAUAUUCUUUCUGACUUGUCUUCCGGUCUCAUUGGUGGUCUCGGUCUCACCCCUUCGGGUAACAUGGGUGACCAGGUCUCCAUUUUUGAGGCUGUCCACGGUUCUGCCCCUGAUAUUGCCGGCAAGGGUCUUGCCAACCCCACUGCUCUUCUUCUUUCCUCCGUCAUGAUGUUGAGACACAUGGGUCUUAACGACUCUGCCGUCAAGAUUGAGAAGGCUGUUCUUGAUACCAUUGCCUCUGGCCCUGAGAACAGAACUGGUGAUCUUAAGGGUUCUGCUUCUACCAAGAAGUUCACCGAGGAGGUCAUCAAGAGAUUGUAA